GACCUACUGUUAAAAAUAUUAUCGUUCAUUGCAUAAUGAGACUUAAUAAUAGUAUGUGUUUCUUCAUGAUCACCAGUCGUAACUUCCGAUGCGAGACGACAAAUAUCGAGUAACGUUGUAAUGUUAUGGAACACUGCACGUCAGCAUAUGGUUAAUCAGAUUUUUGAGUACGUAUAAAUAUCAGGAAUCUCACGCGGGUGACUUCAGUAUAGACGUAAUCUGCGUCUCAGGCGAACGUGAAAAUUGCUUAGAACUCGUCCCUAUUUACGUUAAAUUGUUGUAUGUGCUUUACGAAUUAAAAUAGCAACCAAACAUGUUGAUGAAAAUCUUACCGUUGCACGAAGUGCUCAGUGUGCUGGCCUGGUUGGAGGGAACAUGGAUAACGGAGGAGCCGGCGGCCGGCAUGUUCCCGACUAUCAAGCCCUUCAAUUAUUACGACGAGAUCAAUAUCACGUCUAUAGGUCAACCACUGUUCAAUUACAUCGCACAAAGUUGGGAUCCAGAAACGGGGACGCCGAUGCAUCGAGAGACCGGUUUCCUCCAAAUUAACCCGGACACGAAUCAAAUUACUCUCAAUCUGAUCAACAAUCUGGGUAUGAUCACGAUCGAGCAGGGUAAUCUAGUCGACAAGACCAUCGAUUUGAAGAGUAACGCUAUAUACAUGACAGACGUCGAGAGACCAUCAGCUUUGACACAGACUCGCCGGGUAUUCAAACUCAACGAUGAUCAAUUGGAGCAAAUCUUUUACAUGGCUACACCGAAAACACCCGAAUUGACGGAGCACUUGCGCGCUAAAUACAAGAAAGUAGCACACGACACCUGUAUAAAUCGAUUGCGCAUGAGGUAUAUACAGUAUUUAGAGGAGCAACGCACGAGGGACGAGCGGAAUCACAAGCUCCUCGCAGCAUUGGAUAAAGUCACGAACAAACUCGCCCUGAUAAGUGCAAAAAAAGACAGACUUAAUGUUCUCAGAAAACAAUACGAGGCUCAUCUACUUCGCGUUUAUGCUAAUCGCCAGCCACCCGGUAGCAUCACUGGGGACAGUGGCAUUGCCAGUCAAAAUGAAGACAGGUAUCCGCGGAAGACCGUCGUAACGGCGCGCCCCGAUUUAGCGGCUACGGAAACGAGAGGCAUUUCGUCACCGCGCGUGCACCAGACGCCUUUUCAAUCAAGCCAGUCAAGGUCAACUCCUGCGUCCAAAUUCCACGAUCAGAAUCCAGUAAACAACACUUUACUCAAUAAUUCCGCGCUAUUACCAACUAAGACGCUAGACGCACCCCUCGGUGUCGAUUAUCAUCAGACGAGUGUCUUGCGAACGCCGCAUAUCUACGUUUCACCCUAUCUCGGUCAAUCGGGCGAUCAGAUCAUCCAGGUGCCAACAAUUUCCACACCUGACACUCGUCCAUACACGCGAACGAUUUCCGAUUACGGCGAAAACGCGCCCGGCAAUCUUCAAGAUGUUCCAAAUCUUCACGUUUCUUACACAACCGCGCCGGUCUUGUCGACGCCACCCUCGAAGCAACCUAACAUCGCCCUCGUUAACCAGUUGCUCAGACAGCACAUGGGAUCGGUGCAUGCCGCACCCGAUCGCUCGACAAUCGCGCAGUUUCCCGCCGCAGACGCAACGCGAGACGCGCAUUCGCACUCUCCGCGACAAUUCGAUCCCUUGACAUUCGUGCAACCGUUCCGUGACGUACUACACUCCGAUCAGCAGCCACAGUUAAGAGAAUACGUUCCGUCUGAUGCAACAGUCGCGGAGACCGCUUCCAUGGCCGCAAAGUUGAACGCGUAUCCGACGUCGAUAAUCCCCGAGAUGAACGUCCUUAAUCAAGUCGGACUGCCCGGAUAUAUGGACUAUACGAGUCCGCAAAAGUCCGAGGACGAAGGAUCCACCCGUUCCCUCACCAGCGACGACGUGGACGAUCUGAUAAAGCGCAACGAGCAUCUUCUAUGGAGAAACGCGGAUGUCGCCAAGUCACUGCCGCGUCGGUUGUCGAGCGCUCUAGUCGCAAAUGACGUUAAUCCGGACGAGAAUGGCAGAACGACAGCGAUAUUGGAGAGCGAACUGGACAGAUACAUCAGCAAUAUCCGAAAACUCCAUCGAGAGCAUGGUGCGCAGAGUCAAGAAGAAUUGGACCACGAACAGAACACCAGCGGCGAUUUGCUGAAUGUCACUCUGUCAGAGGACGCUCAAGAGUUACCUGCCGAGGAUAAGACGAGGAAAGAGAAAGUACCCGAAGAAAUGGACAGGAUCUUAGCGUUGGCUAGCGAUCUUGUUUCCAGAACAGCGGACUCUAGAGAAAUGGCGAGUCCAGCCGAACGAGAUCGCAGCGACAUAGUCGAGGACGAAGAGAAACAUCGAGCCGAUAAGCAGAGUGACGCGCCGAAAUCGGAAGAGAAGCGCGAAGCAUUUGCGAGCGGAGCCGAGGGACACGAUACUGCGACGAAGAACGAAAUUAGAGAAGACCCAGUUGCGACACACCCAGCAAAAUUAGAACGGCCUCGCGAAGACACGAAAAUUACGAGAGAGAAUUGGAAUAAUGAUGACACAGCCGAGUCGCGAGUAUGCGAUCGGGAAGUAUUUAUUGCAAAGGGAGAUGACGCAAAGGAGGAAACAACCGUAUUCUCGGAUAGCGGUUUACCAGUCGACGAUCCGAAAAAUUCAGUGGAAGAAAGAUGGCUCGAUCUCGUUACCGGCAAGGAAUCGAAUAUCGACGGUAUAUUCGAUAUCGCCGAGGAACUGGCGCCAUGGGAUCUUGCGAGUAUACAAAAAAGCGUUCGCGAAUUACGCUUGAAUGAUCUGGAUAACGAACGAACGGCGGAACGGCAAAUCGAAGAGGCGGCAAACGACGAGAUCGGCGAUAAAAUUGCGAGCGAAUCGUCACGAGUUAUCGAGCAAAUCAACGCGGACGGCGACUGGAGAGACUCGCAUCCUCCGUCAGAAGUGAAGAAAUCAAGUGAGAAACACGAAACAGAUACCCCCAUCGAGGAAACUGAAUUCUCCGUAACAUCAAGUGGAGAUCGAGAAUGUGUAAUCGAGGAAUCCGCUGUUCCUCAAGCAGAUGAAAAACUCGGUGAGGUACGAAGAGGAAACGAGAGCGAGAAACGACAGAACGUCGAUGAGUCGAUGACGUCGGAAACGUCGCGAAUCGACGAUCAAGCCGAAAUCGCGGAACAAACUAAUGAGUAUAAUAUCGAGCAAGGAUACGCUGAAGACCCGAAUCAACGAUAUGAGGAGCAACAAGAUCCGGACAGGCAAUAUGAUUACGGGCAAAGUGUGCCAUACGAAGGUGGCGGUAACGAAGAGGAGUACGAGAGGUACGUGGAGCAAGGAUACGUUCAAGAAGGCCAGGAAUACAUGGAAUACGUGGAGGGACAAUAUGAGCAAUACGUUGAGGAUCCGAACAGCCAGCAACAGUAUCAGCAUGAUCCUAACGCGCAGUACGAGCAGGACCCGAAUCAAGCGUACGAUUACAGCUACGACCAGCAGUAUGAUCCCGGUCAGAGAUAUGAAGACGACCCUAAUCAGACGUACGAGUAUCCCGAGAAUGCUCCUUACGAUCCCAACCAAACAUACGAUGGCGCAUACGAACAAGAGUACAAGAGAGAACAACAGCAUCUCGACGAUAACGUCGUUACUGUCGACAGCGGUCGCGAAGGAGCAUCGGAAAUGGAAGAGACGUCCUUGCAGAAACAAACGGAUCUGCAGUCGGAACAGAAGGCAGAUGAAGGCGAAGAUAAGUCUAAGAAGAAGAAGGACGUGAUCAAAUCUUUGCUGGACUCGGACACGGACACUACGAUCGAGAGGAACGUCUCGAACACGGAGAAGUCACUCGCGAAUCGAAAGGUACAGCGAAUCUCAACAACUAUGGAGGAUGUUGUCACAGUGAACGGGAUGAAGGAGGUGAACGGUGGCGGGGAUAGAGUCUACUACGAAUUGGACGGCGAAGGUGAUGCCGACAGCUCGACUACACCGGGUCAUAACGUGGACCAUCAUCGUGAUCGUAGUGAGAGUCCAGUCUUCGGUAUCGAGGGCGGUGGAACCGGUACAGGUGGUAGCUCGAUGAGACACGCACCUCAUGAGCUGCCGAACGAGAUCUCGGCGCCGUAUGAAGUGCCACAAUUCCCGAUCGAGCAGAUCGAGAAGAAAUUGCUGAUCCAACGUCAGCUGACCGUCAAAGUUGCGAAGGACCUUGAGGAUCGUCGCAGUCAUUACGAACCAUCGCUUCAGCCUGGAGUUCCCGAUGACGUCGACCAUACUUUCAAUCUCGAGGAAAAUGACUUUGUGCCCCACUUUCAGCGAGUCUCCAUAUCCGGCGAGGACACUUCCGGGGUACCUCUGGAGGAUCUUCAAAGAUCCUCCCAAAUGCUGGUGCAGGCCCUGGCGAUCCGUGAGAAAUACAUGAACAACUCCAAACAGAGCUUCCCCUCCAUCACGUCAAGAUUCUUGCGCAGUGUCGACAAGAGACCGCUCACCACGGACGACGAAGUUCAUCACGAGGAUCGCAAGGCCAUCGAAGGGAAAAGGCAGCUGGAUAAUGAGAACGAAAUCAGGGAUGCUCGAUCCGACGCGGACAUCGACACACUGAUCAAAGACGUCUCUCGUACAGAUCACCCGGUGCACGCGCCCGCGUCUCGAGGCGACCCGUGGGAAUGCGAAUUCCCGCCGACGAAGAACUACACGAUUGCACCCGUCAAUGGCGUCUUCAAUGUCUUCGCCAACGACGAGGAUUUGGCUGACGGCAAACCGAUCCCGUACUCAUAUCCGGAUCUGGCAACUUUCGUCAGAGACAUGAACCAGCUGUGCACGAUGAUCGCCGACGGACCUUUGAAAUCCUUCUGCUAUCGUAGACUGAGUUACCUUUCCUCCAAAUACCAAUUACACGUGCUGCUGAAUGAACUGCGAGAGUUGGCGAGUCAGAAGGCCGUACCCCACAGGGACUUCUAUAAUAUCAGAAAGGUCGAUACUCAUAUACACGCGGCUUCCUGCAUGAAUCAAAAGCACCUGCUCAGAUUUAUCAAGAAAACAUUGAAGAACCACGCGGACGAAGUGGUCACUUGUUCGAAGAGUGGUGGGACCAUGACGCUCCGUGAAGUUUUUCAAUCUAUGAAUCUGACUACUUACGAUUUGAGCGUCGACAUGUUAGACGUGCACGCGGACAGAAACACGUUUCAUAGAUUCGAUAAGUUCAAUGCAAAGUACAAUCCUAUCGGGGAGAGUCGCCUGCGAGAAGUUUUUCUUAAGACUGACAACUAUCUAAAUGGAAAAUUCUUUGCAAGCAUAAUCAAGGAAGUUGCGAGCGAUCUUGAAGAGUCAAAGUAUCAGAACGCUGAGCUACGUCUCUCGAUUUACGGCAAAAGCCCGGAGGAAUGGGAUAAACUGGCCAAGUGGGCGAUUCAGGGCGACGUUUCUUCUGACAACGUGCGCUGGCUUAUACAGAUCCCUAGAUUAUACGAUAUCUUCAAGCUGAACAAGCUCAUGACGAACUUCCAAGAAAUUAUCAACAACAUCUUCCUGCCGUUGUUCGAGGUGACCAACGAUCCCAAUUCUCACCCAGAGUUACAUAAAUUCCUUCAAUACGUAAUAGGUUUCGAUUCCGUGGACGACGAAAGCAAGCCUGAGAAUCCUCUCUUCGACAAAGACGUUUGCCCACCCGCAGAAUGGGACGACAUCGAGAACCCGCCUUACGGAUAUUACCAGUACUACACCUAUGCGAACAUGACUGUCCUCAAUCACUUUAGAGCGGAACAAGGCUUGAAUACAUUCGUCCUGAGACCUCAUUGCGGCGAGGCCGGACCCGUUCAACAUCUCGUAUGCGGAUACAUGAUGGCAGAGAAUAUUUCGCACGGUCUGCUGCUCAGGAAAGUUCCCGUGCUUCAAUACCUGUAUUACCUGGCGCAAAUCGGCAUCGCGAUGUCACCGCUCAGUAACAACUCGCUUUUCCUCAACUAUCAUCGUAAUCCGCUUCCAGAGUAUCUUGCUAGGGGACUAUGUAUAAGCUUAUCCACGGACGAUCCUCUCCAGUUUCAUUUUACCAAGGAACCUCUGAUGGAAGAAUACAGUAUCGCCGCGCAGGUAUGGAAACUCAGCUCCUGCGACAUGUGCGAACUAGCGCGCAAUUCCGUUCUCAUGAGUGGCUUUCCGCAUAAGAGCAAACAGUACUGGCUAGGACCGAACUAUACGAAGGAAGGAGUCGCUGGUAACGAUAUCACGCGAACCAACGUGCCGGACAUACGGGUGGCCUACCGUUAUGAAACACUGGUCGACGAACUGUCCAAUAUUUUCAAGGUCGUGGAGAAACCCGAAUCGGUUUUAUUCUAAUAUAACUGAUUAUUAUUUCAGACUCAUCAGAACUGACUGACCGACUAUUGCGCUAUGACGUCCAAUUUAUAGAUUCACAAAUUACAAAAGCAUAUACAAUUGAUCACUGUGUACGACUUGUUCUCGCGAUUAUGUCGUGGCCUUCUAUUUCAGAGUGCUCUUAAGACAUGAUAAGUUCACCGACGAAAACAUUCUAUAUAUUGCGAUUAAUUUUUCAGCGCUGUAAAAUUAUUAAUCUCUCCUUCUUAACAUAUUCGAACAAAGUUCUUUUGAGUGGAACUCGAUGAAGAAAGAAACGUGUUAUGCGUGAACACGUUAGUGUAAUUCAGUUGAAGUUUUACGUUAUAUCUUCUUUUCUUUUAUAAUCGUAGACGCAAGGGUAAGUUAAUCAGAAAUAUUUUAUACAUGUGCGUUGACCAAUUUAAUAGUAGCUGUUAGAAGGUACCUCUUCUAUUAUUGCGAUAUUAAUAACGAUACUAUAGCGUAUGUAAUAUUAUAUAUAUAAUAUGAAAUAGACUAGAGUAUUACGUUAAUUUACCCUUACAAGUAACCUCCACUAAGUGAUACACGCAGAUUUUAUUUAUCUUCUGUAGUUUGAUACAAACAUCCUAAAAAAGAAUUAUUUGUGCAACAAAAAGUUUAGUUAAAAAUUUUCAGCGCUUAUAUAGCCUCAUUUUAAUAACACUAUAAAAUAUUUCACAAACAACGCAUUUAAAAAAUAUAUAUUUCUAUCUAUCCCUCAAAAGUUCUAUCAACCUCAAAAAGUCCUUGAUAGAAAGUCAAGUAGUCAAAUAGAAGUCACCAUCUUACAACCCAUCGAAAGUAAAAAAAUUUAUGUCCGAAGCAUCUAAAAUGUUUUUCUAAAAUAUUUGUGGAAUAUUUUAUAGAAUUAUUAAAAUGGGACUAUGAACGUUGAAAGUGAUCUCGAGCUAAUUUUUUUGUUGUAUAAAUAAUCCCUUUUUUGCUAUAUCAAAUAAAAAAAGAAACAACAGCAGAAGAAACAAAAUCUGUGUGUAUCACUUGGUGAGGGUCACUCGUUAGUGUUAAGCGAAGGAAUGAAAUCCGUUUUUCAUAUCUCAGGCUGUGCUUGGCGACAGCGCUGCCCUUUCUUGGAUUUUUAGCUUUAUUUUCUUACAUUUUUGUACAUUUAUAUCGUGAGAAAACAAAACUGUGUACGACGUUUGUUUCGGCGAGCAUUCUCAGACAGCUGUGGCUCGUACGCGCGGACAGUUGACUCGUGCCAUUGUAUAUACGAUAGUAUAUCUUCCUUUCGUGAGUAGACGGUGUGUAAAUACAAAUUUAAUUUAAUUUAAAUAUAAUGUAGUACAUUUUACGGACUAUGCACGCGUGCCAAGGGAUGAUUCAGCGGAUAUGAUACGCUACCUCUUUAAACUUGUCUUAAUUACGCGACCGGCUUUGUUCGUUGCUUUCUGCAUUCGCCAAUCAUCUCUGUCUUUCGAGGAAACUCUCCGGACAACGAGCCUAGUGGAGCGAUAUACGACGAUUCAUGACAUCCGAACACUGUGCCCCGAUAUCGAAUUAUAUUAAAAAUUGUUACUAGAGAGAUAGAGAAGAAAUAUAUUUAUUGUAAAAAGCGUAUAUAUCACAAGACAAGAAUAUAUACCUACAGCGUUAAACUGGAA